CGUCACCACCUUUCGGAAUCUAAUGGCCGGAAAACAACAAUCGGCAGUGGGAAGCAAAGUUGCCCAAACUUCCCAGGAGACUUACGAAAGUUGCCACAAAUAUUAAGUCUCAGUUCUGUUUUUUUUUUUUUUUUCCAACUUUUAAUCACAAAUGUGGAGUCACUAAUGGAUCCGAGAUAUGACAUCUCGCGAAGGGUCGGCGGCGGGAGCUCCUCGAACUCGUCACCCGCUCUCGGGGCUCAGUCGCGCCGCAGGAAGAUGCCGCCCAGGCCCGCUGACUUGAAGCUUCAAAUCAUCAUUAUUGGCUCCCGCGGCGUGGGGAAAACCAGUCUCAUGGAGCGAUACACCGACGACACAUUCUGCGAGGCCUGCAAGUCCACCGUAGGAGUGGAUUUCAAAAUCAAGACGGUGGAGUUGAGGGGAAAGAAGAUCCGGUUGCAGAUCUGGGACACAGCGGGCCAGGAGCGCUUCAACAGCAUCACGUCGGCAUACUACCGCGGCGCCAAGGGCAUCGUGCUGGUCUACGACAUCACCAAGCAGGAGACCUUCGACGACCUUCCCAAGUGGAUGAAGAUGAUUGACAAGUAUGCCUCCGAGGAGGCGGAGCUUCUCCUGGUGGGCAACAAGAUGGACUGCGAGAGCGAUCGGAUCAUCUCCAGACAACAAGGAGAAAGGUUUUCCUCCCGAAUAAGUGGCAUGCGUUUCUGCGAGACGAGUGCCAAAGACAACUGUAAUGUGGACGAGAUCUUCCUCAAGCUCGUGGGCGACAUUCUCAGCAAGAUGCCGCUUGAGGUUCCCAACAAGGAGCUCUCCGGCAGUUUGCUGUCCCUACAGCCCGAACCCGAAGUGCCUCCGGAGUUACCCCCACCUCGCGUGCGCUGCUGCUGAGACCCCACCCACACAACCUAACCCGACCCCCUUCAACACCUUCACAUACACCAAACAACCGACAGACAUUUUGCUCACACGUGCAGUGUGCCAAACUGACCACGAGGGGGCAGCUGCGAUUUGGAAGUCGCAAUUUGAGUAACAUUUAGGCCACCCUCAUCCAGACUACCUCAGUUCACGAGCUGUGCACCCACACACACACGUGCCUUUGAGGUAGCAACCACCCCGCCCCCUCCCCUUUAUUUACAGCUCCUUCUCUUCCUAGUUCAUUUUACCCGAUACUGUCAUUUUGUUAACUCGACAAAAGCACACACUAUUAUAUAUAUAUAUAUAUAUAUAUAUAUAUAUAUGUUUUUUUGUUUGUUUUUUAUGCGCCAACGAUGAUAAAUUAGCAGGUAGGUGGUUAAUCACGGGUAUUAUGUGGCCAGAAUGUCAGCCUUUUUCGCAUAUAGACAAACGGUUUUACAGUGAGGGAACAAGUCCACCUUGUGUUUGUCGACUCAACGUACGAGCAUCCCGUCACUUGCACGUAAAAAAAAAAAAAAAAAAGUCUAUGCACAUGAAUUCUGCAACUUAACAUUUUCUUCGAGCAUUUUAGGCCUUCUGUCGCGAAACACUAUUCCCUUUGACGUGGGUUCAUACUAAAAUGAGUUAAUUGGGGUACAUGCAUACCGAAAAUCGGGCCAAACUUGAGCAUCUUCCCUUGCGGUCAAGGUCAGCAAAGGCCCGAUUCUCGGAUGUCUCGAAAAGAUUAUACUGACUUAAUAACCUGUGGUGUGUGUUCAGAUGGAUUUUCUACCUCCCCAAUUGGAAAACGGUUGAGCCCUAAAAUCGUAACUGUUAAACCUGUUCAGUAGUUACAAUCACAAAUCCUUGUGUUUGUGUGUGUGUGCGGUCAAUACCGAGCUGGGCCGGGUGACUGUGACGUGAAACUGGACGAUUGCCAACGAAGCGCCGUACACGCAUACUGAAAAUCGGGCCAAAUUUGAGCAAUCAAAGUCAGCACAGUCCCGAUUGUCGGAUGUCUCUCUAAGGUUAUCCUGAGUGCUUUUGCCCUUCAGAUGUUAAAAAUCGGUAUCCGUACACCACCUUACAGGAUCCAUUUGCGACUUCUAUCGGUUACCUUUUAGAAGGCUUACAAGCACGCGGGCCCAUUUUUGUCAGCAUUUUUUUGCCACUAACCUUUAUACUGCUCUUUUUUUCUUCUUCUAUUAAAUAAGUGUAGGUAUGGUGUCAAGAGAGGUUCGGGCUUCUCGUUGCAAUUUGGAUUUGUUGCUAUUUAUAACUAUUGCGGCAUUGUUGGACUAAUGAAAUUAAAGAUGUCUAUAUUUAUUACCAGA